AUGAGAUGUCGGCGUCCAAGGACCGUCGCCGCUGGAGAGAUCCUGGUUUUGCCUCUCUUCAAUGCUGAAGACCUGCUGGUGGUGUAUCCCUUGGCAAGUUCGCCGGAGGAGCUCGUGGUGCUUUACGUGAAGACAUGUCCGGGGGCCUUCAGCGCCACUUCCAAAAAGAUUCUGACGGGCGGGGCAUUGGAGAACAACCCACAGGAGAUGGGUGUCUUGGUGCAGGUGCCCUGUCAGACUGCUAGGCAGAUUCAAAAGGAGGACUUCCUCGUGAAGGAGAAGGUGCAAUGGCCGAGCCACUUGGCAGCCACAGCAUAUUCACCCCAGGGCAAGAGCGGCUGUGCGAAAGACAGGGAUGUGGACUUUUUCAGCACUUUCGUGCUACCCAACUUCCUCGGAGCAGAUUACCCAGUCGAGUCGGAGUGGAAGAUGGUCGAGCAUAGUCUUCGAAGCUAUGCGCCGGUCAGGUUCGGUUUGCAAGUGCUGAUCACGCAUGUGCUUCGGCUGCCCAAGUCCGUGUACAAGCGCCUCAUCAUUCUGGGCAGCCUUUUUGCAGUCCGUCAUGUUGUGGGCUAUUACAGUGACCCAUGCGGCAGCGUGGCUCGUCUUCCACACACAGCACUCAGCACCAUGGUGCAGUUUUUGAACCCUUCGGAGGCCAGAAGACUGGCAGCCGUCAGCCGCCUAGAAAGUUACAAAGCCUUUGGCGUAGUCCGCGCAUUAGCUCGAGUUGCGGCGGGCAGCCCCAAGCAUCUGCGACAUUUGGAGGAUUUGUACUGCCGCAAAUCUUUGCUUGACGGCCAGCAGCGAGUGGCCCGCAAGCUUGCCAAGCUCGCGGCAGGCUUUGGCGAUGACGUUCAGCUGUUCGCUUCCUUGGUCAGUGCUGAGCUCUCGCAGCAUCAGGACGAGCUGCAGACCAGUGGAGCUUUAGCACGUCUCCGUUCAUUGCGUGCGGACAGCGCCAACUUGCACGCAGCGCUGAUGAUGGGAAUGCAAGAGGCAUCUGGGGAGUUUUGCAUGCCGGAGGCUUGGCAUUCUUUUCUGAGAAGCGCACGUUCUCUGCUUGACGGGGAAUCUGCGGGGACGUGCCCGAAUCGCGAGUUAGGUCGAGCAAAGCUCGGAACCCAGUUGCUCCAGGGUGGGCCUUCGAGGGAUCACUUUGACUCGCUAGUGAAGUGGAUGUCCAUGGCUGAUCAUGCUGAUGGGCUUCGAGCUGCACUGCAUUUUGAGGAGGCAGUGCUAGAAUUGGCUUUGUCCGGCAGUUCACUUCAAGAUUGGCAGACCUCGAGGCUCGCAGCUGAGGGGAACUUGGCUACAGAUGUGUGCCACAAGUUGUUCAACAUGCUUGAGGUGUAUUGCGCUCUUUGUGCACAACAGGGCCAUCCCCGUACUGCCUUGCGGCAUUCCCGCAUGGUCCUGGUGGUUUGGACCCUGGCUUGCCUGCAGGAUUCGCUCCUCCGCAAUCGCGGGGAGAACUGCCUGAGGCGGCUGCUGAAGGAUUUUGCUCCUCCUCUUGCCAUCCAUCCCUUGGAGCACUUACUCCUGCGCGAGAUUCGAUGGCUGAAGCUUCUAAGCUCUGUUGAGGUGUAUCUGAUGGGCCUGAGCCACAUGCCUCAUCGACUGCUCGUGUGUGGCGCUGAUGGUGUCAAGGACCUCCUCUCCUUGGCAGAUGCAGCAGUGCGCCACCUUCCUUCUCUCAAGGACGCCUGGGCGUCUGAAGUCCUUGCAGCGCAGGAGCUGGAAGAGCGCCGUGCCCAAAAGCAGAUGGACCUGAAGCGUUGGGUCCAAUCCCUGGAGAUGGAAAUCGAGCAGGAUGUCAAGCGACAGAGAGUCUCCAGCCAGGAAAGGCCCAGCUCGCAAAGCGCAACAUGCCCACGGAACCGGUUUCUGGUGGAGAAGGCUGCCAAGCGCCGCCGAGUCUGCGACACGGAGUUGUCUUGGAAGAGCGCCAAGUCGGGCCUGACCCACUGCCAGGCACAAGCUUCGUCUGAUCGUCAGCUCGAGCUCCAGUCGGUUCGCCGACCUCUCGCGUCCGUUGUUCAAGCGCUGCCCCAGCUAGCUGAGCAUGAGCUCGAGGCGAAGGCCGUUGUGCUGUGUGCACAUCUGCCGAAGGAAUUGGCGGAGCUCGGUGCCUCCUUCAGCCUUGCUAGGCACUUCUUCGACUUCGAGGCAGGCUGGCCGGCAGAAGCUCGAAGCAGGCCAGCAUUUUCGUGGCUGGGACACUUCCGCGAGUUCUCCAGAUGUUGCGGGGAUGCAGUUGGAGGGCGAGAGCACUUCGAGCUUUUCGGGACUACACCCCAGACCUACAGAGACGGCGAACAGCUGAAGAGCUACCUCAUGCCUGUGAAGGAGAACCUGGGCAUUUAUUACCCGACUGAGGAGCUGAAGGGGUUGCAUUUGCUGUGGCGGUGGCAAGGUGUCCUGUUGAACCCCUUUGUGCAAGAGUGGCCGCAGAAGCGCGACCCUCCUGACCCCAUGUACUGUGUGGAGCUUCCAGAGGAGUUUGUGGAUGAGCAGUGGAUGCUUGCCUUGCCACCAGAGAACGAAGUGCUGGCCCAGAUGCCCUUGCCCCCCAAGGGCUUCACCAAGGCUCAGUUCAGGUCCUUGGGCUUCAUCGCCAGCCAACCGGAGCUCCACUUGCGCAGGCUCCUGCCUUCCAUCCACAAAGCGGAGCUGCCCCUUCAGGAUCCUAGAGUUCUGGCCUUGUGCCAGCAAGUCCUCUUCCGCGCCGGGCCUCGGAACGAGGAGGAGCCCGCCUGCCUUCUUGGCCGAUGCUGCAAGGCGGACCUUGAGGAGGUGGCCGCCUGGCCCAGCGCAGAAGGCCUGUGCGAGCAGGUGAGGGCGCUGGAGUUGCAACGAGGGCCUCUCGAUGCGCUGGUAUGCCUGAUGGCGUGUUGCGGGUAUUUGGCACAGUUCAACUGCUCACGUCCCCAGCUUGACAACCGGGACCGAGCUCAGGAAGCUUUUCGCCAGUGCCAGCAGCUACUUCUGUCUUGGAUGCAGGAUGCGGUCCUUGUGCAGUCCUUCUGCUAUGUGCCUCCUGGGGAUCUCACGCAGGAGGCUGCCACGGAGUUGCUGCGCGCGCGCAUUGGCCUAGAAUGCUAUCUGGCCGUCAGCAACUCUGUGCUGCCACCAUUGGACGCAGCAGCAGUAGAGGAAGUGUGCUCGGUUCACGAGCGCCAGCUCGCAGCUCCCGUAGUCUUGGACGCCAUCCUGCACGAGCAUUUGCCCGCCCAACAACGCAAAGGUGAGUGGUGCACGUCGGCGGGCUUUGACUUGGACCCCUGGUGCAAGGCUGAAACUGCAGAAGGGAUUGUCAGUGUCGAGCCCAUACGGGGUCACCUGCUCUUCAAUGGGGUUCCGGUGGAUCAUCUACCGAAGGAGAUUCGAGGCCAUGCCACCUUUCGUUCGGUGAUUGGUGCUGUUGACUGUCGUGGGUGGCUUCAGACUCAGGUCUUUGAAACAGCGCCACUGAAGUCACAUGACGGCAGAACCUUCAGGUUGGGUCUACUUCCUGAUGAUCCGGACGUCUUGCUUGUGCAAGAAUCCCGUGGUGAGAAUCUCCUGGUGCCUCCGAAAUGCCUUCCCCGAAACCUUCGGCCGGCCUUGAAAAGGGAAUGCAGCCAUUGGGCGAACCAGAAACGGACCAUGAUAGAAUUCAGACCGACUUCUUCGGCUUCCCCUUCGAAUGCCAGCAAGAGGUACUGUCUUCGAAAAGAAGAUGAUGCUUGGCGGUUGCGCUGCUUCUACCAGGAUACCGAGUUUCGUGUUCUGCCCGCUUCUGAGCCCUGCCUUCAGCAGCUCAGGGCCGUCUUCCGCAGAGUUGAAGAUGACGACUGGGUCGAAUACCUAGCUGAUGCCAAUGACCUGUUGACGGAGGUGCAUUUCCUGCGCCUGGAUCUCAAGUUCAAGGUGUCCCGCGAUCUGAGCUUGGACUCCAUGGACUUCCCUGGAUACCGCCUCGCCCCAGAGCAGGUCUUGGACAUGAUCCACGGCUUCGAGGCCUUCCUUCUCCUGGAGAAGAAGAACUUCCAUGUUGCAGCAUCAAGAGCCCCAGGGUUGGUCCUGUUGCCCGAUGGCUCUGUCACCCCCGGUUUCGAAGAGGACUCCGGCGACUCUUUGGAUUGCUGCGGGCUCACUUUCUCAAGGACGGAGUCGAGGAGGAAGUUCGGGAGCUUCGAGAUCCAUUGGGAGGACGGCCGCGUGCACGUCCAGACGACCGCUGUCCGCCUGCAGCUUGCAUCUCUGCUUUGGGCCUGCGGCACCCCUUUGCCGGAGAAGCUCUGGGGACACCCGGCGCGCGUCGAGGCCAUGAAGUUGCUGCGGGGAUGCUGGCAGAACCAGCCGUACGACGAGGCAUGGCUCGCCAAGCUGGCGGAAGGCAGCAACUCACUGGAGCUGAAGUUGAUCCUGGCAGAACUCGAAGUGGGCGCUCAUUCCUUAAUGCCAGGGCCCGAGGGCGACUGCGAAGGGGGGACGUUGUUGAAGCUGAAGAUUGGCUGCCGAGACUCUUGUUUGAUGAUGUCGCAUGCAGUCACCAUCACGGCUGGAAACUGGAAAGGUCACUUGAUGGAGAUGUCGGCUCAUCUUCCAGCUGUGGCCAUGCGUGCCUCAUCUGCUGAAGGGUUCAAACCCACGAAGAACGAUCGUGCAAACUUCUGGCGCGCAUCCGAUGUGCUACGCGGACUGGGCGAGGACACCGUGCCCAGGGCGGUAUCGCAGCUAGGCGAGGCUCCUGCAGUGCAGAUCACCGCAUCAACCAACGCUCAGAGUGCCCUCUUCCUCGCAGAAAUUGCCACAAUCUCUCCGAAAGUCUUUCCGGAGCCAUCAGCUGUGCAGAAAGGUCUGGGCCCGUUAGCCAACGGUGAGGCGGUGGAAGUCCCAGCCUUCCUUUGGCUUCAACGCCCCGGAGGCGGAGGCCCUGCGGGCACAGGCUGGCAUCAAGACCUGCCGGACCCGCGUUGCUGGGCUCGCCUCUGGCACAUCGCCAAACAUGCGGGGGGAAUUUCCGGGGAGGAGCUUCGAUGGCGCCUUGGCUACGCCAGCUCUCGGGCCGGGCGCGGGCAGAAGGACCUUGAGUGGCAUGCAGCGGUCGCGUGUGCGAUCUCCCUCUUUCCAGAUGACUUCCCUUCGCCACCCAGCUGGGUGCACUGUGCCAUGAGGCACCAGGCAGGUCUGACCGAUGUUCGAGAGGUUAAGGCUUACCUGACAUCAUCUCGGGUUGUGAAGAGAUCCGACGCUGAUUGCAAGGAUGUCGCGAGGCCGAGCUCGGAAGAAUGUCUGAAAUGGCGAGAUCUGAGAAAACACCAGCUGGAAGAGGAGGCAAGAUUUGCCCAGGAGGCUGACCGCCUUGCAGACCUGGACCGGGCAUACAUUUGCGAGGAUCGGCAGCUCCAUGAGGAUUGCAGGAAGAAUGCGAAGCAACUGCAGAGCACACGUGAGCAGCUGGCGACGAUCCAGCAGGAGGAGGAGGAGGAGGCCAUGCAGAGGGAGGGGGCUUCAUGGGCAAUCCUUCGCGAUUUAGGCAUCUCCUCGAAGAAGGGGCGGCUUCAGCGUAGUUUGGAGCGUCUGGAGGUCACAGAACAUGAAUUGAAAGCCAAGCAGCGAGAUCUGCAGGAGAAAAGGGCGCAUCACCUUCAGGACAGCACGAGACUACAAAACGACCGGGAGAAACUUGCUGAAAAAAUCAGCAGCAUGGAGACAGCUCGGCGCAACCGAUUGCAGAGCUGGGCCCGCCAACACCUGGCCGAAGAGCAGCACUCUGAGAAGAGUCUCCACAACCUCGGGGCAGCGGCCUGCCUCCUCGCCGAAGGGUAUGACCAGGAGCACCCGAACAAUGUUUGUACCCUUUCCACGGACUGCAGUGCCUACGAAAAAGACAUCCGGCAGGGGGAGCGCAAAGCCCACGAGGCUGGCAGGAAGCGCCUGCACGUGAUUGGUCGUCGACCGCCUCCGAAAGCUGUGGACAUCCCAUCGCGACUCCGUGGCGCUCUGCAGCGUUUGAGCCAGUGGUGGCUCACGUACGAUGGGGAGCUUUGGGAACAGUAUCAGAAAGCUGAGGAGAACGAAGUGUGGAGGCUCCUUCAAGAGCUGAGCCCCUAUCGGCCCGCUACUUGCACGGAAGCGCAAUGCGUGCAGCAGGCCUGGAAUGCGGUGCUGGCAGAGGUCCAGCCCUGGAUCGAGAGUGGCGAAGCUGACUCCUUGACCGACUCCACCGCUUCCUUCUGCUUGGAAGACCUGCCUUCUCAUCUCCCUUCCGUGCGAGACCUUCGAGGGACCAUGGAGUUGCUGAGGUUGAGGAAGGAGGCGCAGGCCACAGUGCUGCGAAAGCUGGAGAUGGUUCGCCUCCUCUGGUUGCGGCAGCGCUUGGCCGCCCGGUACGUGGAGGCUUACGAGAGAGCCUAUCCCAAAUGCAGAGCGCUCAAAGAAUGGGACUUCUCUGGCAAGCUGAGGGACCCGAGCCUGAGGAGUCUCAGAUCGUUGAAUCCAGUUGAGAUGCCAGAGCUUGACGUACCAGACGCACGGCAACUCAGAGAUCAGAUUUCCAGGAAGCUUCGCGUCCUUCUGCAGGAGGCUAUAGGUCCAAACGCCCUUGCGCAGACUGAGCCUCUCAAGCUCGAGCUGCCCCGGGGAUCCCCUGGCUCACUCCUGGAGACUUGGUAA